GCGGUGGCGCCGCAGGCUGGUUCCUCGCCCUCCCCGCCUCUUCCCAGUGCCCGGUCCCUCUGUCCUCGGGAGAUGCUGCUGCCGCCACCCCCGCGGGUACAGUUGUCGCGCACGCCGCUGCCUGUCCGCCUGCCCCACCGCCACAGCGCCCCGGCGUCCGAGGGGACACCCGAGCACAGCCAUGCAGCCCGGAGCGACCCUGCAGGCCAUGCUGCUGGCCGUGCUGCUGGCGGGGUCGCGGGGCGCGUCGGGUCGCCUGCUGAGCGGACAGCCAGUCUGCCGGGGAGGGACUCAGAGGCCUUGUUAUAAAGUCAUUUACUUCCAUGAUGCUUCUCGAAGACUGAACUUUGAGGAAGCCAGAGAAGCCUGCAGGAGAGAUGGUGGCCAGCUAGUCAGCAUUGAGUCUGAAGAUGAGCAGAGACUGAUAGAAAUGUUCAUUGAAAAUCUCUUGGCUUCUGACGGUGAUUUCUGGAUUGGACUCAGGAGGCACGAGGAGAAACAGAGCAAUAGCACAGCCUGCCAGGACUUCUAUGCUUGGACCGAUGGCAGCACAUCAAAAUUUAGAAACUGGUACGUGGAUGAGCCUUCCUGUGGCAGUGAGAUCUGCGUGGUCAUGUACCAUCAGCCAUCGGCGCCCGCCGGCAUCGGGGGCCCCUACGUCUUCCAGUGGAACGACGACCGAUGCAACAUGAAGAACAAUUUCAUUUGCAAAUAUUCCGAUGAGAAACCAAUAGCUCCUUCUACAAGGACUAGAGAUGAGAGAACAGAGCCCUUUCUUCCAAAAGACUCACGGAAAGAAGAUACCAAAAAAACAUUCGAAGAAAGUAAAGAAGCUGGCUUGAAUCUUGCCUACAUUCUUAUCCCCAGCAUCCCCCUUCUCCUCCUUCUUGUGGUCACCGCAGUUGUAUGUUGGGUUUGGAUCUGUAGAAGGAGAAAACGGGAACAGCCUGACCCUGGCACUAAGGAGCAACACACCAUCUGGCCAUCUCCUCCCCAAGAGAACAGCCCAAACCUGGAGGUUUAUAAUGUGAUAAGAAAACAAAGUGAAGCUGAUUUAACUGAGCCCCGGCCAGACCUGAAGAAUAUCUCCUUCCGCGUGUGUUCAGGAGAAGCCACUCCUGAGGACCUGUCUUGUGACUAUGACAACAUGGCUGUGAACCCUUCAGAAAGUGGGUUUGUGACUCUGGCGAGCAUCGAGAGUGGAUUUGUGACGAACGACAUUUACGAGUUCUCCCCAGACAGAAUGGGAAGGAGCAAGGAGUCUGGGUGGGUGGAAAAUGAAAUAUAUGGCUAUUAGAGCACAUGAAAAAAACCAAGCUGCCAAGAACAGGAAAGAAAAAAGAAGCAAAAUUCUCCUAUUGCCUAUAAAGGAAAGUACUCAGAAGGUCUAUGAAAAUGCUUACCUUGGUGAAACUCAGAUCAAGUCUUGGGGGUGAGCAUGUGAUCCCCACUGGCCCCUGCUGAAUGCCCAGGUUUUGGCUGUAUCCCUCAUCCCAGCCUUUCACCCAGCUCAACCAUAUGAGAAAGCACCUUGUCCAGGUGCUGGCAAGUAUAGAUUCUCAAUAAAUGGUGGUUGUAUUGGUUGUAUCUGACUUUGAAGGGUCAAGGCUGUAAUUUGCAGGCAUAAGGGUUGUGGCCAGGGUUCUUGCUCUACGCAGCAACACACAAAAUCACAAGGAGACAGAAAUGACGGAUUUCCAAGGCCCACGCAUGGUGGCAUGAGGCUAGCCCGCAUAUCAGCAGUUCUCAUAUCUGUUGUUGUUUUUUCCUCAACGAAUAAAUCAAAUAAAAAGCAGGAAGGAGAA